AACACACUGAAGGCAAAGAAAAUCAAGAAGCGGCUCUGGAGAAGAUAGACGACAUCCAUGAUGUGAUGGUUGGUAAAAAACGAAAUGCCAUACUUCCUCUGGACUAUCAAGAGGGACGUGGUCGACUAUCACAGCCUGAGCUGCGACCAGAUGCUGAACCACUACGGGAAGACGGUCUCUUUCACCACCAAGAUCGGGCUGUGUGUGAACAUGAGGAGCCUGCCGUGGUACGUCCAAGCCGACCCUGACUCCUUCUUCCCCCGCUGCUACAGCCUCUGCUCUGAGAGCGAGAAGCAGGAAUUCCUGGAUGACUUCCGGCGCACGGUGGCCUCCAGCAUCCUCAAGUGGGUGGUCAGCCACCAGAGCCACAGCGGAGGCAAGCCCGGCGGCAGCGGGGAGGCCUGUGACCCCGGCCCCAGCAACUGGAAAGCUUCCCAGAGUGCGGACUCCAGGCUCACAGGCCUCUCGGGACAGCUCGUGGACACUGCGUGCAAGGUGUGCCAGGCCUACCUGGGGCAGCUGGAGCACCGGGACAUCGAUGUCCCCGAGGACACCGGCAAGGGCCUCACGGAGGACGAGUGGAAGGACCUGACAGAGCAGUACUACUCCCUCAUUCAUGGUGACGCCUUCAUCUCCAGCUCAAGAAACCACUUCUCGCAGUGCCAGGCUCUGCUGAACAAAAUCACGUCCGUGAACCCGCAGACGGAGAUCGACGGGCUUCGCAACAUCUGGAUCAUAAAGCCAGCGGCCAAGUCCCGGGGCCGAGACAUCGUGUGCAUGAACCGCGUGGAGGAGAUCCUGGAGCUGGUGGCGGCCAACCACCUCUCUGCCAAGGACAACAAGUGGGUGGUGCAGAAGUACAUUGAGACCCCGCUGCUCAUCUAUGGCACCAAGUUCGACAUCAGGCAGUGGUUCCUGGUCACCGACUGGAACCCGCUGACCAUCUGGUUCUACAAGGAGAGCUACCUUCGCUUUUCCACACAGCGCUUCUCCCUGGAGAGCCUGGACAGUGCCAUCCAUCUGUGCAACAACUCCAUCCAGAAGCACCUCAAGAACGACAAGGACCGCAGCCCCCUGCUGCCCUACCACAACAUGUGGACCAGCACCAGGUUCCGGGAGUACCUGCAGAAGCGGGGCCGCGGGGCUGUGUGGGUGGGCGUCAUCUACCCCGCCAUGAAGCGGGCCGUCACCAACACCAUGCGCGCGGCCCAGGACCGCGUGGAGCCGCGCAAGAACAGCUUUGAGCUGUUCGGGGCCGACUUCGUCCUGGGCCGCGACUUCCAGCCCUGGCUCAUCGAGAUCAACUCCAGCCCCACCAUGCACGCGUCCACGCCCGUCACGGCCCAGCUGUGCGCGCAGGUGCAGGAGGACACCAUCAAGGUGGUGCUGGACCGCAGGGCGGACCGCAGCUGCGACAUCGGCAACUUUGAGCUGCUAUGGAGACAGCCUGCCGUGGAGCUGCCCCCCUUCCACGGGGCCGACCUCUGCGUGGAGGGUGUCAGCGUGAGGAGAGCCAGGAAGCAGAUGCCACCCAUCUCCAGCGUGAAUUUUCCGUCUUCCCUCUUGGACAUUCAGCCCCUGAAAGUGAGGUGCCCCUCAGCCAUGCCCAGCCCGCCUCUGGGAGCCCCCACCACGGCGCCGCAGCAGGACCUGAGGCUGGAAGAGGCACAGGCCGGGCCCCGCACCUUCCCCGCGCCCCUGUGGGGGGCCGCCGCCAGGAGCCGCAAAGCUCGGUCGGCCACCGCCCCGUCGGUCGGGAAGCUCGAGUUCCCCACUUGUAACGUAGACAGCAGGGCCCCGAAAACUGGUCCGACCAACGCUGAGUCUGACAGACCCUCGGAUCUGAAGAUACCAAACGAGCCCUCACUGUCGUCUGCGCUUCCCAGCGUGAAGACGGCGGAGGGCGCCCUGCUCCAGCCGCCCAAACCGCCAGGUACCAGUGCAGGGUCGGCUGGGGGUGGCCUGCACCCCAGGCAGGGAGCGGGUCCCCAUGUGGGCAUCAGCCUGAGCUCAGAGCGGGCUCGGGGGCACCCCGGCCCCAUCCUGGGACUGGCCGGGCUUGGGGACGGUGGGGCUCCUGCGGCAGUGGUAGGGACCCCUCACGGGACGGGGUGGGUGAUAGACUGUCUCGCUCCUCACGUGACCUAAUGCUCAUGGGGGAUCGAACGGUGCCAGGUGCCAAGGGCAGGCGCCAGCGAUUCCUGGGCUCUUGCCUUCAGUUGUCUGAAGUUCCUGAAGGAGCUGACUGUGUGCGGACUGGGAGCCUGUCCUCGGCCCGGGCUCAGAGCACCGGUGGACAGGUGUGGGGGGCCCCCAAGGCUCUGGGGGUGACCCUGCCGUGUCUGAACCUCAGUGCACCUCUAGAGGCGUCUGGCACCCAGUGGUGGCCUGAGAGUCUGUGUGAUGAAAAGGCAUGAGCCAGGCCUCCCCCAAACCCCCCGCUGGUUCUGCCCCAGGACAUUUGCCUCCUCAAACACACCGUGUUCCCUCCACCUGCCUGGGGCUCGGUCUCUUUCUCUCUCCUGCGCCCUUCCUCCCUCCUUCCCUCCUUUUCUCCUCACCUCCCUCCCUGGCACCAACCUCUUUGUCCCCCCAACCCCCCAUCUGUCUGCAGCCUGUCCGUCUGUGUCUCCUAGAGCGUAGGUCCCUAACGCUGGCUCACCGCAGCACCUGGGGCUGUGCAUGACACGUGGCCGGGGUCAGUGAGUGUUUGUUGGGUGAAGGCGCACAGACCGGCUCCAGAGUCGUGGGCUCUGGGCUCAGGCUCCGGGAGCACAUGCCUUCAGAGCUGGCGGUGCCCUCGGAGGACAUCCCUUGUCCCGCCUUCUUUCCUCGCCUUGUGUCUGCUCUGUCGCGGGGGCUGGCCAGCCCCACUGCUCAGCAGCUUGCCUCUGUGAGGACGAUUUCCAGGGUGUUUUUGCUGUUAGGAAAACACCAUGUACUUUUCAUAACACACUGUGCGGCUCUCGACGGGUAUCUUCCUAGGAGUGAAGCAUUGAUGGGGGGCUCAGGGGUUGUCACAGAGCAGCACCGACGGGGUGGGGCUGAAAGACGGAAACGUAUUCUUGCGAAUUCUGGAGCCCGAAGUCUGGAAUCAUGGUGUUGGCAGCGCCACGCUCUCCAAGGCUGUGGGGAAGAGUCCCUCCUUGUCUUUUCCAGCUUCUGGUGACCACUGGCCAUCCCUGGUGUCCCUUGGCUUAUAGAGUGCCUCCCCAGGCUCUGCCCUGUCUUCACACGGUGCUCCUCCUCUGAGCCUCUGUGUCCAAAUUUCGGUCUCAGAAGGACACCACUGUUAGAUUGGGGCCUGCCCUCCUCCCUCCAGUGUGACAGCUUAACUCAAUGCCACCUGCGAUGACUAUGUCUAAAUCAUGUCACAUUCACAGAUUGCACGUGGACAUGAUCCUGUGGGGUGGGGCUGUUGGACCUGGUCCACUGAGCCGUGUAGGCGUGGCUAACAGGGGUGCCCUUGGACUGCACUCUCCCUGAUGGCCAUCACCCGGCUGUGGCCAGCCCUGGGCGUUGAGAGACACCCUAAGGCCUCUGGACACAGCGCCAUGGGACUCCUUUGCCUUUCUCCGCUGACCAAUAAAAUGGCCUAUUUUCAGACAUGUGUUGGCCAUUUACUUUUCCUCUCCUAAGCACUGCCCACUCGAACCUUUUGUCCAUUUGUCCUCAGACUCACGGGUCUGUUGCUUUUGGAUUUGUGGGAGCAACGUCAACUCUGGAUUCUCCUUUUUCAGUUGACUCUUUUACAAAUACUGUCCCCCACUGUGUGAUGUGUCUUUUGCUCAUUUAUGGUCUCUUUGGAUGUAAAUCCCCCUUAAUUUUAAUAAACUUAAGCUGGUCAACUUUUCCCUCUAUGGUUGGAGACUUUUAUGCCUUAUAGCCUUACCCUGAGGUCAUGAAAAUAAUCUCCAGCAGCUUGUUCUAGAAGCGCUGCUGCUCCUGCUUUUCAGUCUCUAAUGCUCCUGGAGCUAAUUUGCCUGUGGUGUGACAGGAGGUCCUAUCACAGUGUUACAGGGGUACCCAACUGUGGAA